AUGACGGAGACAAUGUUGGAUUGCUCUGACAAGGUGACUGAGACCAAGGAAGAACUUGUUCAGCUUGCCAAACUCGCCGAACAGGCUGAGCGUUAUGAUGACAUGGCAGAGUCAAUGAAGAAGGUUACCGAAUUUGGAGACGAACUGUCUAAUGAGGAGCGUAAUCUUCUCUCGGUUGCUUAUAAGAAUGUUGUUGGGGCUCGUCGUUCUUCUUGGCGUGUGCUUUCGUCUAUUGAGCAAAAGACCGAAGGGGGGAAGAAGACGAUGAGUAAGGAAUACCGUGAGAAGAUUGAAUGUGAAUUGCGUGACAUUUGCAAAGGUGUUAUGGUAAGCUUAACUUUUUGUCAAGUUGAUAGUUGGGAAUAA